AGCCCUAAGGAGGCCCGCCUGACUUUUGACGAGUUACCAUGGCAUCCUACUAUGAGAUCCUAGACGUGCCGCGAAGUGCGUCCCCUGAUGACAUCAAGAAGGCGUACCGGCGGAAGGCUCUCCAGUGGCAUCCAGACAAGAACCCGGAUAAUAAAGAAUUUGCUGAGAAGAAGUUUAAGGAGGUGGCCGAGGCAUAUGAAGUGCUGUCUGACAAGCAUAAACGGGAGAUCUAUGACCGCUAUGGCCGGGAAGGGCUGACGGGAGCAGGAACUGGCCCAUCUCAGGCGGAAGCUGGUGGCGGGCCUGGCUUCACCUUCACCUUCCGCAGCCCUGAGGAGGUCUUCAGAGAGUUCUUUGGGAGUGGAGACCCUUUUGCAGAGCUCUUUGAUGACCUGGGCCCCUUCUCGGAGCUUCAGAGCCGGGGUUCCCGACACUCCAGCCCCUUCUUUACCUUCUCUACCUCCUUCCCUGGGCACUCUGAGUUCUCCUCCUCAUCUUUCUCCUUCAGUCCUGGCGCCGGUGCCUUUCGCUCUGUGUCUACAUCCACCGCCUUCGUCCAAGGACGUCGCAUCACCACACGCAGGAUCAUGGAGAAUGGGCAGGAACGUGUGGAAGUGGAGGAGGACGGGCAGCUGAAGUCAGUCACGAUCAAUGGUGUCCCAGAUGACCUGGCACUGGGCUUGGAGCUGAGCCGUCGCGAGCAGCAACAGUCGGUCACCUCCAGGUCUGGGGGCACACAGGUCCGGCAGACACCCGUCCCACGUCCCUCUGACAGCGACUUCUCUGAUGAUGAGGACCUGCAGCUGGCCAUGGCCUACAGCCUUUCAGAGAUGGAGGCAGCUGGGAAGAAACCAGCAGGUGGGCGGGGGGUGCAGCGACGACGGCAGGGGCGGCCCAAGGCCCAGCACCAAGAUCCGGGCAUGGGGGGUACCCAGGAGGGCACAAAGAAUGAGGCUGCCAGGCCCAGCCCAGCCCAGGAGGAGAAGGCCUCUCGCUGCCUCAUCCUCUGA